UGAGAAGGUGCUGAAGAGUCUCUGGAGGAGCUUAUUGAGCCUGCUUUGUUUCAUGAUGCACAUUUUCCUCAAGUGCUUCAAAAACUGUGGACCAUAAUUCUGGCUUUGAAGAAAAAAGUGUCUCUUUUUACUUCCCAAAACGACAGAAGCCGGACAGGCCAACCCCCAAACCAACCCGUCCCACGUCCAGCUCAGGAAACUCCAGGCCCUCUGCUCUUCCUCUGCUGUGACGCCACUCCAUCAAAAUUCACACACACACACACACAGCGCUGUAAUAGGCUUCACAUGCACUCCGCCUCAUCUUUUCCUUCAUCUCCUCCUCCUCACAUGAUUUGCUGCCCUCUGCCCAAGUGAUGCGGGGUCACGAGAAUGGGGGGAAACACCUUCCAAGGAGAAAACACACACAUGCACUCAUGCAUCUGCACAAGUCACACGCCGAGCUCAUCGCUGCUGAAUGGUGGGAGAAGAUUUUGUGCUGCAUAAAGUUGGACAGCAACAUUUCUUAAAACUCAAGAGGUCUCAACUCUUCGUGAAGCCUGAAAUCUCAUGAGAUGUCAUCAAACUGCAAUAAAAGCCCUAAAAUGGUUACUUGGGGAUUUAUAGUGCUGCAUCUGAAUAUUUAUUUUAGUUGCUUAAUAGUUCAUAUUUUAAAUUACUUUAGUAAAAAGAAAAUAUUGAGACAAAAUCAAUCUUUUCUUUAAAUAGCAAUCAUGUUAUUAAAAGUGUUAAUUUUGUAUUAUCACCUCAUUUCUUGAGAAACUUUGAGAAUAAAAUAUUGUUGUUUGGGGAUUUCUUCUUUUCCAAUUAAAUUGUACAUGGCUUCAAAACCGGAGCAUCUUCAUACAGAGCUCUGGAAAAAUAUUCAUUCCCACUAAUUUAAACAUAUCACAUCCACAAAACCUAUUAUGAUUUCAUGUGACAGACCAGCACAAUGUAGGACAUACCUGUGAAGUGGAAGGACAAUUAUUUAAAAAAAUUUUUUUUUAUAGCUCUUUAAAAUCCAGUACAUCCAGUCGCCUCUGUUCAGUAUAUCAUCCAGAAAUGUAGAGUUUGGUGAAACAGCAAACCUAAUCCAGCACAAAAGCAGCCACAAUACGUCCAUGGUAACUCUGGAGGAGCUAUAGCGAUCCACAGCUCAGGUGGGAGAAUCUGUUGGCAUGACAACUAGUAGUCGUGCAAGCUACAAAUCUGUCUCCUUUUAACUCAGUGAAAGAAGAAAGCAAUUAUUUGCUUGUUCAAAGGAAUCCAUUAGAGUUCUUGCUCAAAGUCAUGUAGAGGACAUGGCAAACAUGUAGAAGAAGGUCCUCUGGUCAGACUAAGAUAAAACUUAGUUUUUUGGCCUGCAUGCUGAACACCAUGUCUGGAGGGAGACCAACACUGUGCAGCAUCGUGAUGUGGGGAUGCUUUUGUUCAGCUGAAACAGGGAAGAACAGGAAGGUGUUCAGAGUUGAUGGGAAGAUGGAUGGAGCUAGAGGCAGGCCAAUCCUGGAAGAAAACUCAUUGACAGGAUCUUCACCUUCCAGCAGGACAACAAUCCUAAAUUUGCAGCCAGAGCUACAAAGGAAGUGUCUAGAUCAAAGCAUGUGCAAUCAUGGCCUAGUCAAAGGCCAGACAAAAAUCCAAUUGAGAACUGUUGCGAGACUUGAAAAGUGAUAAACACGGACGCAUGCAGUGUAACCAAGCUUUAGCUAUUUUGCCAAGAUAAAUGAGCAAAACCAUGUAUCAGUUUCCUUUCGCUUCACAGGUUGGCACAACUCCUUGUUGCUGGACAACAUAAAAUCCAAACACAAUACCUUGACGUUUCUGGGUGGCAAAAAGUGGAAAGCUUGUAAGGAUGUGAAUGCACUGUGUAGGAUGAAGACAUUGUAUUAUAUCCAGCACAGUAAAAUGUAAUGAAUCAACCUAGAGAGUAGAAAGAGGGUGUUUCAGGGACUUUCUAGUGACACAAACUAAGCUUAUUAUCUUAUUUCCUGCAGUCCACCACAGUUUGGUAAGAUUUGUCUCGUCUUAAAUGUAAACCUAAGGCUAUCUCGUUUAUAACUGGUCCUGCCUUCGUGCUUCUUUCCAAACAGCUAUUAUCCUGAUUUAUUACCCCACCUGCCCUGUUGUUUACUUUAAGAUUAGAUCUCAGUCUGUCAACCUCUCUCCAAGUCCCCUAACCAAAUACCUUAGCACAAUAUCAAAAUGUGCCAGCGUAGGUUCAGACAGCAGUAUAACCAAAAACAUCUGUCAGUGCUGAACCCAGGGGCAGAGUGCAGGACUCCCCACACAAAACAAAGGCAGCAGUCCUUCAGAGCAUAAUGCUAACAGUUGACCCGGCUCUGGGAAAUCUCAGAACACUGUCAAAGUCCACGUGGCGAUCACCGGGGCUGGCCGACCCAAGGCGACAAGCUCCUAAAUCCCAGUCUUGUUUGUCUGAGCGCCUGUCUCAGAGGUAAACACAGCUCAAAGAAAACCAGGAGAAGCCAAGUGAAGAUAAGAGAUAAACCUGGUUUUGAUUAAUGCUGUGUGAUGUUUCUUUGGAGGCUUGGCAGAGUCUAAUCAUCUGGGAGGCCGCUAGCAGGGUGGCCUGCCUUGUGUCACUUUUGCACCAGUUUCAGUGAUAAAUUCCCUCCAACAAAAACACCUAUUAAGUCAAAGAGCUUUGAGAGAUGCUGGAAAGUGUUUGUGGAACCAAUCUAACAUGUAUCUUUGUGUGUCCACAAGUGUUCAAAUGGCUUGAAUGGAACAGAGAUGGAACCACAAUCCUCUUCUCCUGAUCGCUAAAGAUACGACCAGGAAAGAGGAAGAGUAAAAGAUAUUUCUUCUCCAAAUGAUCUCUGAAAGUUUAACAUGGGAUGAGCUUGCCAUCAGUGAGUUAAGCUGCAUCCUGGUGCAUCCUGACUGAGACCCCCGGACCAGAUCCCGAACCCUGGAGGGGCAGGGGUGACGACCAGGAGAAAAAUGAGAUGCACCACCCUCACCACCUUGCUGACGGGGGUCAUGCUGUACCUGGGCAUGGGAGCGCUCGUUUUUGUCACCCUGGAGACCCCAAAGGAGAGCGAGGCACAUGUAAAUCUGCUCAGAGCCAAGCAGGACUUUCUCAUUAAUAACUCCUGCGUCACUGAGGUGGAUUUUCACGAGCUUGUGAAGAAACUGGUAUCUGCUAUUGAGGCAGGUCUGGAUAUAAGCAACCUACCUGCCAACUUGACCAGCCGCUGGGACAUGGGCUCCGCUUUCUUCUUCUGUGGUACCAUCAUCACCACGAUAGGCUUUGGGAAUCUGUCACCUCGGACGUGGUUCGGACAGUUGUUCUGUGUGUGCUACGCCCUGGUGGGCAUCCCCAUGUUUGGCAUCCUGCUUGCUGGAGUGGGUGAUCACAUGGGCACGGUGCUGCGGAGAGCUGUGGCCAAGAUUGAGAAGUUGUUUUUGAAACGAAAAAUCAGGCCAACAACUGUGCGUGUGAUGUCAGCAGUUCUCUCCAUCCUUAUUGGUUGCUUGAUCUUCCUCGCCGUCCCAACGGUCGUGUUUCAGAAGGUGGAGAAGUGGUCGUUUCUGGAAUCGCUGUAUUUCGUGGUCAUCACCCUUACCACCGUUGGAUUUGGAGACUACGUACCAGGAGGAGGUUAUGAAGGUGGGACGAUCUUCAAGCCUCUGGUGUUGUUGUGGAUAGUGUUUGGUCUGGCCUACUUUGCCUCCAUCCUCACCAUGAUAGGCAACUGGCUGAGGGUUCUGUCCAAGAGGACACGUGCUGAGAUGGAGGAGUUGAGGGCCCACGCCACAGACUGGACUCAGAACAUGGACUUCAGGAUCCCAAACCCUCUGGAAUUCAACGACCCUUUCCUUCUUCAACGCCGGCGUUGGAAACGCAGUGAGCGUCGACGCAUCCGCCGAGGAGCCCAUGGCACCCUGGGAUACUGGGUUCGAGGCGGCUCUGAGAACGGACACUUGCGAAAUCGCUGGGCCGGCCUCUCCAGCUCCAUGUCUCAGCUGGACGGUCAGUCCUCCUUAGAGAGGGCUGUGGCGUCCAAGCCCAGGCCAUGGGGGAGUGCAGCUGGAGAGGCAGCAGUCCCAAAAGCAGCACUGGGUAGCAGGACAGAUGCUGCUGUUGGUGUUCAUACACAGGGAAGGUUAUUUCACCAGAUUCUGGCACGCUCAUUCUCCCUCCCUGUGGCCAGAUCCACCUCAGAGCUGGACUCCACAGGUGCAGCCAUGGAGGGGGGCUCCCUCUCUGGAUCUGAGUCUGCAUUUGACUCCAGGUCAGAUGGCUCAUCUUUGUCUUUGUCAUUUUCGGUACUCCACAGUUUCCAACUCUCCCAUCCCUUCAGCAGUACGGAGGAGGGGGGCGUGAGAGGUAUAGAAACAAUCAAAGAACAGGACAAAGACCAAAUGAUUUUAAGAAAAUCUGAAUCUGAACUAAACAGUGCCUGCAGUCAGACCCCAGCUCAAAAUUUUCCCUCUUGUUCCCCCCCUCACACGCCUGAAUUGCACCCUCCCUCCCCUCAAUGCAUUGCUGCCUCCUCACCAGACUGCCAGUUGCUGGAUUUCUUCGGAGAGAACCUGGCCUACAUCGACGAGUCCUCAGACACGCUGAGCGACCUCACCGAGUGGACAGCAAACAAAGAGAAAAGGAGACGUCCACGCAAGCCCAAGAGGAAGAGCAUGAAGAAAGGACUGUCACACAGGUGGAGCCACCAGCAGCUGAGGAGGCCCAGCUUGCAGCCACCAUCGAAUCCCCCAACACCACCUCCUGACUGCUCUCCCUCAGACCUUUCUCUAUCAGAGAUCCAGACAGACUCAGCUCCUGGCCUAUGAUGACCCUCAUACUUGCAGCAUACUGCCAAAGUUCGUGUGACAAAACUUGACGCCUUGCCACGCUGCAUCUUGAAUUACGAAUUUGUAAGAGGUCAUCGAUGAAGUCAGCUCUCAAAAUCUGCUUUACAUCUUUGCCAAACACCGGAUGGACUAACCCUUCUGUUCCCUGAUGGCACAUUUAAUUUAUGGGUUGAUUCAUGUUUACAUCUGAUGCCGACUGUCAUAUUUAUGCCUAAAUUAAAAAAAGACCACACUCUUUGUAAACAGAAGCUCAUAUUUCAUUACUUUCUAUAGGUUUCAUGUUUUAUCCAUAUACCAUCACGGUACAUGAUCUAAUCCAGUGGUUCUGAAGUUCUAGCUCUGUCCACAUCAAGGUUUCCAAGUACCACAUUUCUGAAAAAUUUGUUAAAAUAGUAUUACAACAGUAGUUGUACUUUUUCAGUUUGUUGUGUUUUUUCAUCCAGAACGAAACAUGCUCUAAUUUAUUGCCACUGCAUGUUUGGAUGCAGCCUGAGGUUUAAUUUUGUGUUCACGCUGAUGAAUUUUCCAAGUUGGGGAAAAAAUAAACAGGGGAGAUCCUCUGAAGUCUAAAUUCAAACCCACAGCUAAAAAUCCAAUAUGGCUGCCUCUUGUUUAAAUGAUAGCUGCAGAAAUAAACAGUUUAUCUGCA